AGAGCCACCCCCCGCCGGGCCUGGCCGCGCCAGCUGUGGCUCGAGGUUGGGACGGCGGCCAGACCCGGCGGGGGAGGUGGGGAGCCGUCCUGGCGCCGCGCGAUUAGCCGCAUCUGGGGGAGGAGGAGCCGCCGGGCGCGCUGGGCCCGGGUGUUUGCGCCCGGAUGGGGGUGGGGGUGCCCUAGGCGCUGGAGAAAAACUUCACCCGCGCCCACAGGCCCCCUUUCCGCAGGCUGCGCUGGCGGUUCAGGUUUGCAGGCCGGAAGUGAAAUGUUCUUUUUUGAUUUUUAAAAAGGAAGCCUCCGGCCCCAUGGUUUUCUGGGGUUGGAGUGGAUGUGUGUGCUGGGGGAGGCGGAGACGUCCCGCUCCAGGCAGGGCCUCGGGUCUUAUAGGUGGGGAAAUCUCUGCCAAAUAGGAGGCCUCUCGGAGCCUCAGUUUCCCCAUCUGCAGACUGGGCUCUGACUUCUUCUGGCAUAACAGGGUGUGUGAGAGUAAAAGGAGGCAGCUAGCCCCGUGCCGGGAGACACGUCAGCCAUGUCAUCUGAGCCUCCCCCACCACCACAGCCCCCCACCCAUCAAGCUUCAGUCGGGCUGCUGGACACCCCUCGGAGCCGUGAGCGCUCACCAUCCCCUCUGCGGGGCAACGUGGUCCCAAGCCCACUGCCCACUCGCCGGACGAGGACCUUCUCGGCGACGGUGCGGGCUUCACAGGGCCCCGUCUACAAAGGAGUCUGCAAAUGCUUCUGCCGGUCCAAGGGCCACGGCUUCAUUACCCCAGCUGAUGGCGGCCCCGACAUCUUCCUGCACAUCUCUGACGUGGAAGGGGAGUAUGUCCCAGUGGAAGGCGACGAGGUCACCUAUAAAAUGUGCUCCAUCCCGCCCAAGAAUGAGAAGCUGCAGGCCGUGGAGGUCGUCAUCACUCACCUGGCACCAGGCACCAAGCAUGAGACCUGGUCUGGACAUGUCAUCAGCUCCUAGGAGAUGGUGGAAGCACCCCUUGUCCUGUGCUUGUGGGAGACUUUGCGGGGAGGAGGCAGCAGACACUGGAGAUGACAUUCUUCCACACGAGACGGGGCUUCAGCCGGGCAUGGUCCCUUUCAAGUAUCUCCUGGAGGAAGGGGUAUGGGGGGCAGGUGUGGGGUGUUCCCGGCCAUCAGCACAGCCUAUGACCAUUGCAACAACCUCUCCCCAUCUGAAGAGCAUUAAAAGCAUUUAAAAAGGA